AUGCAGGGGAAGUUGCAGGUCAGGUGUGUGUGCGUGUCUAUAAAUCCACACCCCUUUGCAACGGGAACCAUCCAGAAUACAUUUCUAACAAGAUCGCUGGGCAGCUCAGCUACCUCUGAGUGACUUGCUAGAAGACAUGAUGCCACAGUCUACUUUGACCCUCUGUGUCUUGCUGAUCACAGUUCCUUCCAACCUUGCCAUUGCCAUCAAAAAAGAAAAGAGACCUCCUCAGACACUCUCAAGAGGGUGGGGAGAUGACAUCACUUGGGUACAAACUUAUGAAGAAGGUCUCUUUCAUGCUCACAAAAGUAACAAGCCAUUGAUGGUUAUUCACCACCUGGAAGACUGUCAAUACUGUCAAGCACUAAAAAAGGAAUUUGCCAGAAAUGAAGAAAUACAAGAAAUGGCCCAGAAUGGCUUUAUCAUGCUGAAUCUCAUGCAUGAGACCACGGAUAAGAACUUGUCGCCAGAUGGGCAGUAUGUGCCGAGGAUCAUGUUUGUUGACCCUUCUUUGACUGUCAGGGCAGAUAUAACUGGAAGAUACUCUAACAGACUGUACACAUAUGAACCCCAGGACUUACCCUUGUUGGUGGACAACAUGAAGAAGGCGCUAAGACUUAUCCAGUCAGAGCUGUAAGGAAGGAUGGGAAGAUGAUUCAACUCUAAGAAGUCAAACGUGUGACAAAAAGCUCCAGCUUCGCUAGCAAAAAAAAUGUCCAAGCACAUGGAUUUUGUAUUGUUACUAUUCAGAUUUGUGACAUGUCUGUGGUAGUUUAUGAAGGUAAAAUUAUAUUUUAAUAAAUGCUGA